UCCAUAUCUCUCUUUUUUCAUUCAGGGUGAAAAUGACCUAUGGCGGAAGUUGAAGCGCAAACAAAGAGACUCUGAGUAAGCUGGACGGGGCCUGUCCCAUAAUCCCCGCUUGUCGGGUCAAGGGACCAUGGGAGAUGGAGGCGUCAAUGCGGUGGGAGAAGGGGUGAAUCAGUCCCACAUGCUCUUUGACCGCUUCGUUCAGGCCACCACCUGCAAAGGCACUCUCAAGGCUUUUCAAGAGCUUUGUGACUUCCUGGAACUCAAGCCCAAUGAAUACCGUGUGUUCUACCACAAACUCAAGUCCAAGCUCAACUACUGGAAAGCCAAAGCUCUCUGGGCCAAGUUAGACAAGCGCGCCAGCCACAAAGAAUACAAAAAAGGAAGGGCCUGUGCCAACACCAAAUGUCUGAUCAUUGGAGCUGGACCAUGUGGUUUGCGUACAGCCAUAGAGCUGGGCUUCCUUGGAGCCAAGGUGGUUUUGUUGGAGAAGAGAGAUGCAUUCUCCCGAAACAACGUGCUCCAUCUUUGGCCUUUCACCAUUCAGGAUCUGAGGGGUCUUGGAGCCAAGAAGUUCUACGGCAAGUUUUGUGCUGGAGCCAUCGACCAUAUCAGUAUUCGUCAGUUGCAGCUGAUGCUUUUGAAGGUAGCUCUUCUUCUUGGCAUAGAGAUUCAUGUUAACGUGGAGUUCAAAGGCCUCAUUGAACCACCAGAAGACCAAGAGAAUGAGAGAAUUGGGUGGAGAGCCGAGGUCCACCCCAGAACACAUCCAGUCAAUGAGCUAGAGUUCGACGUCAUAAUUGGGGCUGAUGGGAGGAGAAACACGCUGUCAGGGUUCAGGAGGAAGGAGUUUAGGGGCAAAUUAGCUAUUGCUAUCACAGCUAACUUCAUUAACCGCAACACGACUGCAGAAGCAAAGGUGGAGGAGAUCAGUGGAGUAGCAUUCAUCUUCAACCAGAAGUUCUUCCAGGACCUUAGAGAAGCCACAGGAAUUGACCUGGAAAACAUUGUCUACUAUAAGGAUGACACGCACUACUUUGUAAUGACUGCCAAAAAGCAGAGCCUGCUGGAGAAGGGCGUCAUUCUACAUGACUAUGCCGACACUGAAAUGCUGCUCUCCAGGGCUAAUGUUGACCAAAAGGCACUGCUGUCCUAUGCCAGAGAAGCAGCAGAUUUCUCUACCAACCAUCAGCUUCCUAAGCUGGACUUUGCCAUCAACCAUUACGGCCAACCUGAUGUCGCCAUGUUUGACUUCACCUGUAUGUACGCCUCAGAGAACGCUGCGCUUGUCCGUCAGCGCAACGGCCAUAAGCUGCUAGUAGCCCUGGUCGGGGACAGCCUUCUAGAGCCAUUCUGGCCGAUGGGUACUGGAAUAGCAAGAGGCUUCUUGGCAGCCAUGGAUGCAGCGUGGAUGGUGCGGUGUUGGGCUCAUGGAAGCUCUCCUUUGGAGGUUCUGGCUGAGCGGGAAAGUAUCUAUCGACUGCUGCCUCAGACGACACCAGAGAAUGUGAGCAAGAACUUUAGCCAGUACAGUGUGGACCCGACUACACGGUACCCCAACAUCAGCCUUCACCAAGUGAGACCCAACCAGGUACGGCAUCUGUUAGACACCGGAGAAACCAGGGAUUUGCGUGUGGACAUGGAGAAUGUAGUCAACUCUUCGACUCCUAAACUCACAAGAAAUGAGUCCAUCGUGCGCUCCAGUAAGCUGCUGAACUGGUGUCAAAGGCAGACGGAGGGAUACAGAGGUGUCAGCGUGUCUGAUCUCACCAUGUCCUGGAAGAGCGGCUUGGCCCUGUGUGCGCUCAUCCACCGAUACAGACCAGACCUCAUUGAUUUUGACUCACUGGAUGAGAAAGACAUGGAGAAGAACAACCAGUUGGGUUUUGACGUGGCUGAAAAAGAGUUUGGAAUUUCUCCCAUCAUGACCGGGAAGGAGAUGUCUGUUGUGGUGGAGCCUGACAAGCUCUCCAUGGUGAUGUACCUCAGCCAGUUCUACGAGAUGUUCAAGGACACUGUGCCCCCUGGUGAAAACCACAAUCUGAGCCCGGAGGAGAAGGCUGCGUUGAUUGCCAGCACCAAAUCACCCAUCUCCUUCCUGAGUAAACUGGGUCAAAGCAUCGCCAUCUCCCGCAAACGAAACCCCAAGGAUAAAAAAGAAAAAGAACUGGAUGGGCUGGGGAAAAGACGAAAGACCAGCCAGGCUGGACAAUCAGAGGAUGAAGAGCUGCAGAGGGUUAAUCGAGACGACAGGCCUUCUAUAGCUACAGCUCUGGCAGAACGUAAAAUUGAUUCGGCUGCGGCUGCAAACAACAACAACAAAGUGAAGUCGAUGGCCACACAGCUGCUAGCAAAGUUUGAGGAGAACGCCCCGACACAGUCCACAGGACUCAAAAGACAGGGCUCUCAGAAGGAGUUUCCUGUGAACAUGGGAGGCAGCGAUGUGUGUUAUUUCUGCAGCCGUCGCGUUUAUGUCAUGGAAAGGCUGAGCGCAGAGGGAAAGUUCUUCCACAGGAGCUGCUUCCAGUGCGAUCACUGCAGCACCACAUUACGCCUCUCUAACUACGCUUACGACCAGCUACAUGGGAAGUUUUACUGUAAGCACCACUUCAGCUACAGAAUGACCAGCGUGGCUCAGAGAAAGAGACCGGCCCUUCCUGUGGCCCCUCGACCUACUCAGGCUCCCCCUGCUCCAUCCUCGGCUUCUACGUCUUUGUCCUCUUUAGGAUCAGUGGGCACAGCGACCCCACCAGACUCUUGGUCCUCCAGCACCCACCCAGACAUUGUAUCCAGCCUGGCCAAGAGACUGUGUGGUACACCAGAACGCAUUGAGCUGGAGAACUACAAACCCUGCCCAAAACAACAGGACAGCCCACUGCAAGAGGUUCCAGAGGAGACGCUUGCACAGCACAACCUCAGUGCUAGCCUACAGGAGAAAAACACAGAGGAGCAGUCCAGCUCUGAGUCAGACCUAGAGGAGGAGGAGCUUGCCUGGAAGAAGGAGGAGGGGCCGAACAUCAGGACCAAUGGAGAGAGUGAGUUAGAUCUGGGGGAGGAGCUAAAGGAGGAAGAGGGAGAUGAGAACCACGAAAAACAAGGAGAGGAGGGGGAGGAUGAUGAGGAGGAGGAGGAGGAAGAAGGAGAAGUUUCAGAAGAAGAACAAGACAAGGGAGAGUCUAGUGAUGAGGGUGAGUACUGCCCUUGGGAGAGGGAACGGCUCUCAGGGGUGUGGCUUGAGGAAGAGGAGGCUGGGUUUGUUAAAGAGUCUUAUGAAGAAUACAGUGACAACACAGAUAUAGACACCAGCUCAGUGAGAGACUCCAAACCAUGUGACCAACAGGCAGAAGAAGAGUCCGUUUCAUUGCAACAGUCAUCUACAGAGCCCCGACCAUCCUUGAAACCGCCAGAAUCAAAUCCCACACCUGAGCUGUCGUCAAAUCUAGAGAGUCCACCAAUCAAGAGGUCAGAGGUUGUAGAGGAGUUCUGGCUGAAGAGUGCUGAGAUCAGGAAGAGUUUAGGCCUGGAACCUCUGUCUAGAGAAUGUGACCCCAAGCAUACAGCAACCCAAACAUCUAAUGUUAAAGAGAGCUUCUACACCUCAGUCGCCUACAUACCGUCCUGCAAUACUAGUUUUACCAACCAAACGGCAAGAAACUGUGACUCCAGCACACAAACUCCAUCUCAAAGCACGUCCCCGCCUGAACCAUCUCACACUAUGGAUGGCGAUACAGGUGUCGCUUUAGAAGACACAAUAGGCCGCUGUUCUGUAAUCCACAGACUGAGCAUCACAGUAGAAGGUUGCGUGAUGGGUGACAAGUUGGAUUUGGACCUCAACUCCACCUCAUUUGGAAAUGAAAACGUUUUAAACUCAGACGCAGGUCUUCCUACUCCUCCGUACAGCCCGUCUAAUUCCCCUCUUGUCGGCAAGCAAUGUCGUGCCCUUCACCAUUCUGAACCCAUACUGGACCGAGAGGUUAUGGUCUUCUCAUCGACCUGCCCUACUCCUGUUCCACAGCGAGACUGUUUUAAACCUGAGCUCGAUCAAGCUCAUAGUCUUCCUCCGGAUGAAAUUGAGAUCCUGUGCGGAAACGAGGCCGAAGGGGCAUCCAGACUGCCGGAAAGAUCUGGUGUCACAGAGCCCGAAGGCCAGACGGACAACCGUAGGCUGGAAUACAGGCGGACGCUUCCUGACCGGUUGGUUGCUCCGCUGCUGGCAGGAGGACCUGAAGUCCGGCUUCGAAGGUCAGAAAUGAAACUGUGGGGGGCAGACAACGGCAUGGAGGAGAAGGAGAAAAAGCGCAACUCCCUGUUCUCACCCCGUAAAAGCAGGAAGAGCAUGAACGCAGGAGCUGAGGCCCAGCGGGAGCCAGGAAAGCACAAAUCCCUCUGGAAGACUGUUUUUUCGGUGUAUAAGAAGGACAAAAAGAGGAAAGAGUCUGUGAUGGUGGCGGAAACUCUACCUGCUGCAACUAACACAGAGAGCAAGCGGAAAGUGUCAGGAAUCAACAGAACAUCAGACCUGUGCUUCCGGAAAAAUCCCAGUUUCUCUGAAGACACAGACUUGUCCUGCCAUGCUCUUCUAGAUAGAUGUCCUCUCAGAGCUCAGAGAGCGGAAACGGAGGAGGAACUCAACGCCAAGCUAACACGCAGGGUGCAGAGAGCAGCACGGAGACAGGCCAAGCAGGAGGAGCUCCGGAGGCUGCACAGGGCACAGAUAAUCCAGCGUCAGUUGGAGCAGGUGGAGGUCAAGCAGAGGCAGCUGGAGGAGAAGGGUGUAGCUGUGGAGAAAGCACUCAGAGGCGAAGCAGACUUCUGGGAAGACUCUAGUACAUCAAACCUUUUGGACGUACAUCUGGGUGUCGAGCCCUUUCUAGGUUCCCCUCGUAGAAGACCUGUCUAUCUCUGUCCUUGCUGUUCCUCAGAAGCCAAAGCUAAAGGGACAGAGCACGAUCAUUCAGUUUAUGUCUGUACAGUCUUUUUUCUUUAUGUAGUGCAAGAGCCUCCACUUCACCAGCUAAGUACGUUAGUCUCUCUUGUAAUCUCUAAUUUUGUUCUGUAACCUUUCACAAUGAAGCUGCAUGGGCAUGGCAGGUUAUUGGCUGUCAGUACAUCUAAAAUGUCAUAUCCUGUCUUAUUUGGGAACUGACACCGCGUGUACGUGUGCUGUUUGUUUUUGUCUGCUUGCACGUUUUGAUCAAUUUAUAUACACUACUUUUCAAAAGUUUGGUGUCAGUAAGAUUUUUUUCAGCAAGGCAUGCAUUGGACUGAUCUUAAGCAACAGUACAGACGCAAAAGGUCAAAAAAUGAAAAAAUCUUCCACAGUUUCCAUAAAAAUAUGAAGUAGCACAGCCGUUUUCAACAUAAUAAAUGUUUCUUGAGCACCAAAUCAGCAAAUUAGA